UGCAUUGUGGGACAAUGUGUAGCAACUAGCAACCCUGAUAUAAACACAAAAGCUAAUAGUCGACAUUUUAGUUAAAAAAGACGAAUAUUUGUACACUAUUUCUCAGUCCGAUGCCGGGUUAAGAAGCACCGGGGACAGCGGUAGUCACAGUCCGUAAAUUAAGCGCUGUUUUGGGAUUUUUAUCAAACCGUCGACCUUCGAGAAGAUGGAAUCGAAACAAGUCACUUUCGUGGAGCUGGCUUUGGGGGAUGCACAACAAUACAGCUUCCCCACUGUGAAUGGAGCAGUUAUUAAAAGCAUCCUGGAAAUUGCAGAUGGAGCUCUGGUGAAACAACAAACUCCUGAAGAGGCGAGUGAUGACCUCCCUGUCGAACGUACACAGAAACGGAAUAGACGCAGCUUAAUUUGGAGGCACUACGAUGAGACAGGCAGUUCUUCAACUGUUCGCUGCCGCAUUUGCAGCAAGUGGCAGAGCUUUGAAGGCGGCAGCACCAGCAACCUGCAUCGGCAUAUCUCAACGAGACAUCCGGAAGUGUCUUCUCAGCUCCGAGCAGACAGACAGCACUUACAGAGCUCACCUGCUUCUGAGGACACAUCAACACAACCAAAGACCGCAGUGGACCUGGAUCUGGCAGCUGAUGAAUCUGAAAAAUUAGAUGAAGCUGGCGUAAAUUCUCCUUGUGACAUCUACCUGGACCAAGAUGCAAGCAUAGUGGGUGAUAUCAUCCCUGUAAAAAUUGGCGUAAAACGGAUUAAACGCAGCUUAAUUUGGAGGUACUAUGAUGAGACGGACAGUUCUUCAUCUGCUCGCUGCUGCAUUUGCAGAAAGUUGCAGAGCUUUGAAGGCGGCAGCACCGGCAAUCUGCAUCGGCAUAUCUCAAAGAGACAUCCGGAAGUGUAUUCUCAGCUCCUAGCAGACAGGCAGCAGAGCUCACCUGCUGAGGGCACAUCAACACAACCAAAGACCGCUGGUGCGACAGAGAAGCGGAGAAAGUUAUUUGUGGACUCUGACCUGGAUCUGGCAACCGAUGAAUCUGGCAAAUUAGAUGAAGCUGGCGGUAAUUCUCCUUGUGAAAUCUACUUGGACGAAGAUGGAGUUGGACACAUAGUGAGUGAUGACCACCCUGUACAAGUUAGACGGAAUAAACGCAGCUUAAUUUGGAGGCACUUCGAGCAUCUGGACAGUUUAAAUGCUGCGCGUUGCCACAUCUGCAUGAAGAAGAUUCAGUGCUCUGACGGCCGCAGCACCAGCAACCUGCAUCGGCACCUGUCGAAGAGACACCCAGCGGUGUUUACUCAGCUGCUAGAAGACGACAAGCGGAAAUCUCGACCAAACUCAUCACGGGGCUCAAAUGUUACUGGGGCCACAUCGACAUUGCCAGCGACACACUGUUCUGGUGCAUUGGAAGAUUCAAGAGCAUCAGAGGGAGAAAAGCACAUGUUCAAGAGAGAGCAGGAGCUGAUAGAAGCUCUGAGGCGAGCGCAGAGACAGGAGGCUCGAGCUCUGGAGGAUCAGAGGGAGCUGCUUGAGAUGCUGCGGGUGGGGAAUGCCAGGGAAGCGGCUGCAGAAAGAGAGGAGAUCGAGUCACUAAGGAAAGCACAGCUGGAGGAAGGCAAAUACUUGAGUAAACAGAGAGAAGAGCUGAAGAGUGAAAAGCAAGAGCUGCAGAGGCAAAGGGAAGAACUUGUAUUGUUGUCAAACAAACCUGGUCCUGCCACCAUAUAGAAUAGAAUAGAAUAGAAUAGGGAGGGAUGAAACCCUCUUUAAUGUCCGGUGCCUUGCUCAAGGGCACCACGGCAGGGCAGGAGGUGAACUGGGACUGUAUGACUGAAUUUGUAUUUGAUUCAAAUACCAUUAAAAAGAACCCAACCACU